GAGGAGAGAGAAGGUAUCGAUUCUACCUUUUCCUACUUCGCCUGGAACGCUGUGGCCUCAAAUUUGAUUUUCCUCUUCCAAAUUAUAAAAUAAAAUGAUACCGUUAUCUCUAGUAAGGAAACUCUCGUGUCAUUUUAUAAGAAAGGACCAAAAGAAGAACCGAUUUCGUUUUCAUGAACGUGUCCGACGAAGCCCAUAACCAAGGGUCCUCUUUUUACUUGUUAUGCGACUAUCCUUCUUAAGUUUCCGGUUCGAACGGAAAAUGGCCUAGACUCCCAUGACAAUCGAUCGCGACUUUGCCCAUGCCACGAACCCAACACACGUGAAGAGCCAGUUUAUCAUCUCAAGAGAGAGACAGUCAAAUGGGUUCGAGGCAUUCUCGACCCGGUGUAUCGUAAGACAAGGUACAGCAAUUGAUGCAGACCCGCUGUUCGAUGAAAUGCUCCUGUGAACCCUUUCGCUCAACCUUGGUCACAACCCACCUUGCUCGAGAAUGUUGUUGAGGAGAGGAAUCAAAUUCGCUUCGGCAGCGUUUCCAUAUUUCCUUUCGAAGUCUCCUACUUGUUGCCGCAAAGCCACCACCACGGUUCCCAUUUUCGAUCAUUCGGCAUACUACUCUAGUGGCUUUCGCCUCUCUCCUUUGUUCCCCUCCGAACCCAAACCUCAGUCGGAUAUUUAUGAUAUUGAGCUUGUUGACGAUGAUGCAUGGCGGGUUUCCUCAGGUUUGGCGCUAGCGGAUCAGGGGACUGCAUUGGGGGAACAAAGUUGCUUAUCGGAUGAAGCGGUUGAUGAACCUGUUGAUAGUUGCUCUCUACCUCUUGAGGGUGACCCGGAUUUCGAUGACAUUGACAACAUGAGAGUUCGGGGCAAACUGUUCUAUAAAAUCGACCGCGAUUCCAAAGAGUUUGAGGAGUAUAGUUUCGACUUCCAUCGUAGGAACAAGUCUUCUAAGAAGAAGGAUGAUCCAAAGGAGAAGAAACAGAAGGUUAGUAGUUUGAGGGAAAGCAAAAGCGACAACCCAAUUCCUAAGUUUUCCUCCAGAAGUGAGAAACAGUGUAGAGUUGUUGUGGACAACUCUCGGCUAGGUGAAACGGGCGCUACUUGUGUUGAGAAGAAGAAGCUGAGAACUCCGACUUAUAAUCAGCUCACUGGUCCUUUCCACGAGCCGUUUUGCCUUGACGUUUACAUCUCCAAGGCUUCAGUUCGUGCCUGCAUUGUUCACAGGUUCACCAGUAAGGUUGUUGCCGUGGCACAUUCCAUAUCGAAGGACAUGAAGUUUGACCUUGGUUCAACUAGGAAUGCAGCUGCUUGUGCUGCUGUUGGGGAAGUUCUGGCUCAGAGGGCAUUGGGAGAUGACAUCCAUGAUGUGAUUUACACACCAAGGAAAGGGGAAAGGUUGGAGGGCAAGCUUCAAAUUGUGGUUCAGUCUCUAAUUGAUAACGGCAUUAAUGUGAAGGUGAAGAUCAAACAAAGGGCGCGGAAGAGACCAACUUCCUUUUCCACAGCUUAGAUACAGGUUGUUUUUGCUAUUCUGGUUAAAUUUAUCUAGUACUAAUUAGCGCAUCACUCAUAGGUUUCAUUUGAAACGCGUUGGCAUGUUUUUGGUUGCUCAUUGCUGGAUGUUUUGGAGCUAUCAUGUUGAUGAGUUUGAUUCAUUUUGACUCAUCCGAGUUAUAUGAUGCACAAAGUUUCUCAUUUGAAAUUACUUCCCAUUGUACUAAUAAGAGAAGUUAUAUAAACGCAAUGAGCAUCUGACGCAAAAGUUUCGGCUUUGUAAGUGUGCCUGCUUUGAUAGAAAUUAGGAUUUAAAGCAGCCACCCUGAUGCUGUAGAAUACUUUGGUUGUCUUCUACCAAACUCAGGAUGAGAGAAGUCAUUGUGUGGAUUAUGGUCACUCAAGGUGGGUUUGGUAUCUGAUUUGAGAACAAAGAUCAUACUCUAGCUGAAACAAAUUUAUGACCAUCUUGCAGGUCUCUUGUGGAUAGUUGCUAGAUUUCUUCUUUGCAAUUAAUGAUUAAUGCUCUUUUGCUUUUCUUCCUGCACUGUAUAUGCUAAAUGCAUUUUAUCAUAAUGAACCAUUGAAAUGAAGCUGGAGAAAUUACUGCACUUAUCCC